AUGCAGACACGACGUUUCGACAUCAAGAGAGGCGUGGCCCCGGCGGAACUCGUGCGUCCCAAGACGAGACCACGGCCGUCAGACAACAGGCUAGAGGCGUGCUGGCUGCGACGGGUCGCAAAAGCAAUCCUCGCCUUGCUCUCGGCCUCGUCGCGACUGUGGCACCACUCCCGCCCGAUAACCUACAGUCUGGCACCACUCAUCGGCCCAAUCCUUCAUUGCGGCACAGCCGUCGUCCUGGGGCCGUUGACCCGAAGCCCUGGUCACAACAUGAUCGACAAUCCUCGCCUCUUGACUCUCUUUCAACUUCACUUGCUGCUCUAA